AUGAUAUUUUUUGGGGCUUGGUUUGGGGCUCUACUAGUCAUGCUGUCGUCGAGAAGCUAUGCAUACACUGAAAGUAGUAUGUCAGAGCGCAUUGAGGAUGAAGUUCGUGUUAAUAGUAGCAUGAAGGUAAGUGACAGUUUCGUAAUGCCAGCUACUCCUUGGGUGGAUUAUUCCCCCAGAGAGAUGAGAUAUCCUAAAAAUAGUCCAAGUGAUGACUUAUGUGAUUACAGAGAGUGUACUUCGUACCAUAACAUUACCGCCGAUGUCAGUGGAGUGCGUACUACUACCGCACAUGGAAAGCCAGUUAGUUCACUGCUCAGCAAGGAUCUUCAUCAUAACUUGAGGACAAGAAUUCAGAAUGUUUUUCGCCGACUAUUCUCCACUGCAAAUUACAAAAAAGGUCAUAAAAUCAUAACAAGCCAAAACAGAUACCAGCGGAAGGGCAUGUUCCAUGUGCUCGAAAGGAAUGACAGUGAUUGGGAAUAUAUCUGGGCAUCAAAUUCGGAGUGUAUAGAUCAUAGUAGCGCUGACAUUGAUUAUGGUGUGAUUUCCUGCCUUACUUACUGUGUUAACAAUGAACGAUAUAAUACAACGACUGCAAUGUGUAUAAUUUCAGAGCUUUUUCAAGAGGGUUGUGUUUUUGAUGUGAGACUCCAAAGAAGUAGAAACGGGCCAUAUAAGAACGUAUUCGAUAUGCCUUGUGGAGAACUACAACAACAUAUCAGUUACAAGUAUGGUGUAUGCCAUAAUGGUAAUGAUAUAAGUUAA